CCACCCCCCUGCCCACCGCCCCCCUCCCCGAUUCUUCUCUCCCCUCUCCUGCCUCUGCCGCAGGCCGCAGCUGCGCGCGUCCACCGUACUAGAGGCCCCCCCGAGCUGCGCGCCCGCUCGGCUCGAUCCCCCCCUCCCCGGCUCCCUGGUCGGCCCCUUAGCGGGGCUGGGCGGAGGCGCGGCCGGAGAUGUCGUCGUCGGCCGGGGGCGGCGGCGCGGGCGGCGGCGGGUUGGACAUCGCCAGCCUGCUCGACAAGGCCAAGGAGCUGGACCAGCUGAAGAAGGACCAGGACGAUGUGGUGGCCGAGAUCAACAAGAUUCACAAGAAGAUCCUCGCGUGACGAGAUGCCACCGGCAGGGGGAGGGGAGCUGGGGGUUCUGCUAAAGGAGCUCAACGAUCUGGAUCAGCUGCGGAAAGAGCAGGAGGUUGUCAUCACCAAGAUCAACAACGUGCACAGGGAGAUCUGUUCAUCUCCAGAGAUGGUUGAUAAAUCAGUUGAUGCCAUUUUGCUUAAGCUCCGUGGUUUAUAUACACGUGCAAAGGAGCUGUCUGAGAGUGAAAUCAGUGCCUCAACUGCUUUGAUUGGAUUAUUAGAUGGUCUUCUGCAAUCUGGGGCCUCAACUGCACAAAGGAAAAAGAUAGAAAUUGGUGAACAGAAAAAGAAGAGGAUCAAGUCUGAUACAGAUACGGCACGAUUUUCUGCUGCAUCUAUGAGGAACCAACUUGACCAAGCUGCAAACCUGAAAGGAGAGCAGGUUGCAGCUAGGGUAAAGUCAGAUGAUGAAAAAGAUGAGUGGUUUGUGGUGAAGGUCAUACAUUUUGAUAAGGAAACAAAAGAGUAUGAAGUACUUGAUGAGGAGCCAGGUGAUGAUGAAGAGAGCACCCAAAAGUUCGAGAGAAAGUACAAGUUACCUAUGUCUUGCAUUAUUCCAUUUCCAAAGAAGGGGGAUGCUUCCAGUGCUCCAGAUUUUGGGCAGGGUCGACAAGUCUUAGCAGUUUAUCCUGGCACAACAGCUUUAUACAGAGCUACUGUAGCUUCUCAUCGAAAGAUUGCUAAGUCAUUAAUGCUCUUGUCUUUCUGUCAUUAUCUUGAUGUGAAACCGGGCUGCGAAAAAUCCAGAGGAAGUCUGACGAUUAUAUUCUGGAGUUUGAUGAUGAUGAAGAGGACGGGUCUCUACCGCAAAGAGCGGUGCCGUUCUAUAGGGUGGUUGCCCUCCCGGAGGGCCAUCGGCAGUGAAGAUCUCGGGGUCGUCCUGCAGUGUAGUGUAACAGAGAGCGCAAGAAAAUAGGUGCAUCUGAGUGUGGUAAUAUAGUAAUUUUGUCUCAGCUGCAGCUGGCUGCCCGAGUCGGUGCAGACUAUGGCGCCUGUAAUUUGUGGGCAUUGAAAAUAAUUUAUGUGCGCUUGCCAUGCGUUCCUAGUUAAGAUCCCAAGCUCACCUAUCCUGUAAAUAGAAUGGAUCAGUGUUGCUUUCUAAUAAACUUGUGUCUGCCUCCGAACUUCUGAUAUAGUAUAUGCCAAAUUGAUCUUGUGAAGUGGUUACGAGCAAUUUAGCAAUGGUGAAUUUUAUUGACA